AUGCAGCUCCUCACUUUGGCCACGCUUCUUCCUCUUGCCCUCGCGGCACCGGUGAUUCAGCCCCGGGGCGUUCAGCUCAUCCCGGGAAACUACAUUGUCAAACUCAAGGCGGGUGCCUCUGAAAGCACUCUUCAGGAUGCCAUCCGGCAUGUCAAGACCGGCAGCACCAAGCACAUCUACCGUGCCGGCCGGUUCAAGGGCUUUGCGGCCCAGCUGAGCCCGCAGGUGCUUGACACCGUCAGCAAGCUGUCCGAGGUCGAGUACGUUGAGCAAGACGCCAUCAUCACUACGCAGGAGUCUGUCACUCAGACCGACAACGUCCCCUGGGGCCUGGCACGCAUCUCGCACCGCGCCACGGGCGCCACCUCGUAUGUCUACGACGAGAGCGCUGGCGAGGGCACCUGCUCGUACAUCAUCGACACGGGCAUCUACGUGGCCCACACCACCAAGCUGUUCGCGGUCAAGGUGCUCGACGCCAACGGCUCGGGCACCAUCUCGUCGGUGCUGGCGGGCAUCGACUUUGUGGCCUCGGACGCGGCGGCCCGCUCCGCCGCGGGGGAGUGCCCCAACGGCAGCGUCGCCAACAUGAGUCUGGGCGGGGGCAAGUCGACGGCCAUCAACAGCGCGGCGGCCGCGGCGGUGAGUUCGGGGGUGUUCUUUGCGGUGGCGGCGGGCAACAGUAAUGAUGAUGCCAAGUAUUAUUCGCCGGCGAGCGAGCCGACUGUGUGCACGGUGGGUGCGACGGAUGUGGCGGAUGCGAGGGCGUACUUUUCCAACUAUGGUGCCGGGGUGGAUGUGUUUGCGCCCGGUGUGGAUGUGCUGAGCAGCUGGAUUGGGGGUGUCGAUGAGACGAACACCAUCUCGGGCACCUCGAUGGCCAGCCCCCAUGUUGCUGGCCUCGGCGCCUACCUGCUCGGCCUGCUCGGCCCCAAGACGCCUGCUGAGCUGUGCCAGCACCUCAAGGACACUGCCACCGUCGGUUCCAUCACUGGCCUCCCUAGCGGCACCGUCAAUGCCCUUGUCUACAACGGCAACGCUGAGGAAUAG